AUGGAGUAUGGUGAUUGGGACCAAUCUUAUAAUGAAGUUCCCAGAUGGUUACAAGCUUCCCAACAAACGAAUCCUAGGACAAUUUUUCAACUUUCCUGUCCUCCAGUUAAUGUUGAUGCUGAGGAUGGGACAUCCACAUACAUUAUGGAAUGUUGCUUCUGGGCAUUUGGACCAUGCAUUGAAGGUUUUAAGUAUUGUAAACCUGUUGUUCAAGUCGAUGGAACUUUUUUAACAGGCAGAUAUCAUGCCACCUUGCUAACUGCAAUUGCUCAGGAUGGAAAUAGAAACAUAUUUCCUUUGGCAUUUGCAAUAGUAGAAGGCAAGGGCAUUUUAUCAGUCCUACGAUCGGAAGAAGUUGACUGGGAAUCAGACAAUCUUCACUCUGUCUACUGCAUAUGUCAUCUGGGUUCCAACUUCAACAACCGCUUCAAAAAUGAAGAUCUCAAGAAACAAUUCAUUAACUUGGCUUACGAAAUCAAACAACCUACCGUGCAAGCAAAACUUUCAGCUAUGAGGUCCCAAUUCUCACAAGCAGUAGCUUGGAUUGAUAAAAUCCCCUUACAUAAGUGGUCUUAG